AUAACUUACCUCACAAUUCCCAGAUUUCAUCAGCUUCCUGAAUUUGACCAAGGAAAACGUAGUUGCCGUAGACGCCUGGCUGGUCAUAAUGAGCGCCGCAGAAAGCCACAACCUGGAUCCAUAUUGUCUGCGCGUUUUGGCCGACUUUCUUCAUCUAUCUAUGAAAACAGCAGCAGAGUUGGAAGCUUUCUCAUGGACUUCACUGCAUACCCAAGGCAUUCUGGGAGGGAUGCAUGGGAAACCACGAGAACGUCUGAGUGGGUACCUGGAAAUCAAAAUUCCAAUGACACGGGGAAGUUUCUUCAACAUCCAUGGCAGAGCAACUCUGAGAUUACUCCAUCAGGCCUUUACCUGCAAGGUUCAGCGGGCGGGACUAGUUAUCCUGGUCCUGGAAUUCCUCCGGGAGAAUGCGUCACAGGAGUCACUGACUCAAGCUGUGCUCUCUCUCUUCUGUCAAGUCAACCAUGGGGCUCAAGAAACCGAGUAUCGGGUGUUGGGAUGAACACCGUGGUAAACACUCAAGGACCACCUGUGGGUCAACCGAUCACUCAUGCUGGGACCUCCAACCACUUUCCGACCACUUCGUGGGGUUUCAAAGGAAAUGCCGGCAGCUCACACGAGAUGCUUCCUGAUCUUGGUCUCGGUCAAAUAUCGCAGCCUCCUCUUAGUACUCAGUACUCUGGUGUGCUUGAGUUGUCUCAACAGAGCAGCAGGAGGCAGCAACAAAUGGAACUUGGACACACCAGGGGCUUUGACACCAGCAGUCAGCAUAUUCACUGGUCACUUUCAAAUAGGUCCCUUGGUUCUCCAGUUCAUAUGAAUGCUUUAUUAUUGGGUCUUAAAACUUUGGAACCUUUUGAAGGUUUUAUUAUGUUUUGUUGGGUAGAAAACCUGAACUGGCUAUGCUUUGUUGUGUAUGUUUUGUUAAGACUAAGAAGAUCAGAAUCUAAGGUUAGCAUUCAGGGCUUGAAGUGCCUACCUAGCAAUGAAGCUACUAUUUUGGAUUUUGGAAUCUUAUUAUGAUUAUUGAUGGUUUGUGAAUUUCUUUGAAGCA